ACGUAGCGCACUUGCAUUUGUGCAUCUUUACUUAGAGAGACAAGCAUUACACGAGCAGUCCAUUGCCAUAUACAAAAUGUGACAAAAUGUCAUAUUUGUUGCGUAAUAUAGAUGUCUGGUGAAUCCUGACAAAGCGUCAAACGAACAACACUCCCAGCAUACACUGCACAAGAUGUCCAUCAUCACCGUGCAGAUAGGCCAGUGUGGCAACCAGAUCGGCACUCAGCUGUUCUCGACCAUCUACGACGACAUUUUCUCGAAGGACACCGGCAUUCAAGCGUCUAAGAACGAAGACUACAUGGACGCGGCGCUCAACCGUUUCUUCAGCUGCGAGGGAAGCGUUCCAGAAGCGAGAGCCGUGAUGGUUGACAUGGAACAGAAGGUCAUUUCGCAGGCAGUCAGCGCUGCAAAAAGGACAGGUCGGUGGCGGUUUGCGAGCGGUCAGCAGUACGUAAGGGGCAGCGGAUCGGGCAACAACUGGGCGCGAGGUUUCGCCGCGCACGGCCCGCGAGCGAGCGACGCCGUCCUCGACAUGCUGCGCCACGAAUCCGAGAAGUGCGACCGCGCGGACGGCUUCCUCUUUGCGACGAGCCUCGCGGGAGGGACCGGCUCCGGCGUCGGCGCGCGGCUCUGCGCUCGCGUGAGGGAGGAGCACCCGCGCGCCGUCGUCGUCUGCCACGCCGUCGCCCCCUAUGCGGCCGGCGAGGUCGCCGUGCAGAGCUACAACGCGCUGCUGACGCUCGCGAGUCUCCGCCGCGGCGGCGCGGACGCUGUCGUCCUGUCCGCGAACGACGACCUUCACGCCGUCUGCGCCACGACCCCGCGCGGCGGCGGCGGGCGAGAGCCGGUCUCGUUCGACGACCUCAACGCGGUCGCGUGCCGGCAGCUCGCCGCCGCGCUGCUUCCCGCCGAGGGGGCGCCGCCGUCGCUGUCGGACGUCGUCGAUGCGCUCGCGCCGCACGCUGACUACAGGCUGCUGUCGAUGCGUCACGCGCCGCAGCCGACGGCCGCCGCGCUGCCCUUCACAGAGGUCGCGUGGACGCCGCUGCUGCGCCGGCUGCGGCGGAUGCACGCGGCAACGAGCGCGCGCGACGAGGGGUUCGAGAGGGAGAGCGGGCGCGUGCGCAGCGUCGCCGACCUACUCACCGUGCGUGGUGACGGCGCCGACGACGCCGACUGCGACGCGAUCGCCGACCACCGCGGCGCCGUGUGGGCGCCCCCUGGCGAGCGGGUGCGCGUGCGGCGCUGCCGCCGGCGUUACGGCGGGCUGCGGAGGUCGGCUGUGCUCGUCAGCAACAGCCAGGCGGUGCUGGGGACGGUGGAGGGCAUCACGGAGAAGGCGUGGCGGCUGUUCGCGUCGCGCGCCUACCUGCACCAGUACGUCGCGUGCGGACUCACGGAGGACGACUUUGUACAGAGUUUUGCCGACGUCGAACAGGUCAUUCACAGCUACAGACAUCUCUGAUAGAUUAUAGAAAUUAUAUCUCUGCAUGAGUUAUAGUGAGAAUUACGUUGUGAAAUAUGUUAUGUGAAUUAUAGAUGAACCUUUCAGUACUGUAACAUAUUGAAAUGAUGUAUAUAGAGUUUGUAAUUGAACAAGAUUCUGUUGUAAAUAUGUUUGUGUCGAUGACGAGCUUGCCUGGCGGUGUGGAGCUUGCUCAUGUUUAUAUUCUUUAGCAAUGUACUUUAAAUGAAUAAAUUUUAAAUUUUAAUAUA